AUGCUAAGCAUCGGACCUUCUCUUCUCACCAGUCGUUCCCCCAUCCGCGCCUCCCUUCGUUCCCCCAUCCGCGCCUCCCUUGGUUCCCCCACCCGCACCUCCCUUGGUUCCCCCACCUGCGCCUCCAUUGGUUCCCCCACCUGCGCCUCCCUUGGUUCCCCCACCCCCACCUCCCUUGGUUCCCCCAUCCGCGCCUCCCUUGGUUCCCCCACCCGCGCCUCCUUUGGUUCCCCCAUCCGCACCUCCCUUUGUUCCCCCACCUACGCCUCCCUUGGUUCCCCCACCCACGCAUUCAGAUGCGCCACUGCACCCCCACCACUCUCCCCGCACCCAUUCUCACCGCACCACAUCCCCUUCUUUCCCCCCUCACAUGCUACUCGCUCCCCUCACCAACCCUCUGUCCCCGCUCCCCCUUCCGCAGCUCUCCCCCCUCCUACCACACUUCCGCCUCACUUCCCUCCCCCUCGUUCAUCCCAUUCCCUUCCUUCCUCCCCCGCUCGCAUCCAUGUCACUCCCUCCUCUGGUCCAGCAUGGCGCCUUAUGUCUAAUGCACGACACGCUCUGUUUCACUCCCUCCCUUCCCCCCCCCCUCCUCAUCAAUUUCUACCCCAAUGCACUUCCCGCAACCCCCAGCACCCCCACACACACCUCCCUCCCUUUCUCCCCUCCGCCCCCUUCCUUCACCUCCUCUUUUCCUCCCCCACCUCCGUCCGUCCCCCUCCCAUCACAGCCCCUUUCCUCCUUUUCCGCUUCUCCCUCCUCCAUUGUUUCCUUCCCUUCCUCCGUCCGUGCACCCUCCGUCUCCCUACCCUCCCAUCCGCAGCCAAGCAGUAUCUGCAGCGACUGCUCUUCCUCACUCACUCCCCCCGCUUCCCCACCUCCCAUCUCACCUUCCCAUGUCGUCCGGCACCACACCCCCCCCGCCCCCACAGGUCUCUGCCCCCGCUAGCCAAGAAGUCCCUCCCUCCUCUGGCCAAGCAGUACGUGCUGUUCUUCCUCACGGACCAUGUGUCCCUCCCUUUACUGGCCAAGCAGUAUGUGCUGCGCCUGCUCUUCCUCACGGAACCUGUGCCCGCCGCACUUAUCCUCCACCGCUUCCCCUCCUGUGCCACCUCACUCCCCUCCUGUCUUGCCACCAAUCCCUUCCGCCCCGCGCUCACUCACAGGUCCCUGCCCCUGCUAGCCAAGAUGUACGUGCUGCGACUGCUUUUCCUCACAUACCCUGUGCCUGCCACGCUCGUGGCUGAUUGGCCCAAGCCCGAGGCUCACAGCAAGCACAAGGCGGCGCUUGACAGGCUGCAGAAGCUGCACCUGCUGCUGCUAUGCAGCGAAAAGGGGUCGCUGGCAGCAUCAGGAUCGUCAUCGUCGCCAGCAACGUUCCGCCUCAACCCCACCUUCCAGCAGCAGCUGCAGCAGGCUCUCACGUCAAGCGGUCCUCAUGCAUCUCAUACCGCCGCCAUCCAUAGCUUUGGACCACGUUGCGUUGCUGCUUCCUUUCCCUCCCUCCCUCCCCUCCCUCCUUACGUUACCUCGUUCUUCCCAUCUCUUAUCCAUAUCCCCACUUCUCAUUCUCCCACCACUCAUUCCCCCGCCUCUCCCUACCCCCAGGCAGUGCGCAUGCAUCUCAUCUCCCCGCCACCCACAGCUGGGGGCCACGCUGCUGCUUUCCUUCCCUCCCUCACUCUUCUUCCUCCUUACUUUACCACAUUCCCCCACCAGUCUCCCCCAUGCCUCCCCCAUUCCCCCAGGCAGUCCUCAUGCAUCUCAUAUCGCCGCCAUCCAUAG